GAUUGAAAACGUCACUUUGACAUUUGACUGAGUGACCACCGAAUCGCCAGGGCUCCGAAAAUAUAGAUUUUCGGCAAUUUUUAAUAAUCUGUUCAUACAGAUAAUAGGAAUGGGUUUCAAAUUUUUAAAACUGGCUUCUACUCCAUUCAGGAGUGGAGGUUCAAGGAUUAUUUCUAGAAAUUAUGCUACCACUCAUGACGCAGAUUUGGUGGUGAUUGGCGCGGGUCCUGGCGGUUAUGUAGCUGCCAUUAAAGCUGCCCAGCUGGGCAUGAAGGUAGUUUCAGUAGAAAAAGAUGCUUCCCUAGGAGGUACUUGCCUGAAUGUUGGGUGCAUCCCUUCAAAAGCACUCCUGCAUAACUCUCACCUGUAUCACAUGGCCAAACAUGACUUCAAGCACCGGGGUAUUGAAGUAGGCAACGUUACAUUUGACUUCAAAGCUAUGAUGGACUACAAAGUCAAAGCAGUGAAAGCCUUGACUGGAGGCAUUGGCAUGCUGUUUCAAAAGAAUAAGGUAAAGCUUGUCCGUGGUGUGGGUACAUUGGUGGCGCCCAAUAAAGUUGAAGUUAAAGGUGAAAAAGGAGUUGAAGUAGUCAACACAAAGAAUAUUCUACUGGCUACCGGAUCAGAGGUCACACCCUUCCCUGGUGUUACGAUUGAUGAACAACAAAUCAUCUCAUCAACGGGAGCCCUGUCUCUGCCUUCUGUUCCCAAGAGGAUGUUGGUCAUUGGGGCCGGAGUGAUCGGCUUGGAGUUGGGCUCGGUAUACCAGAGGCUAGGUUCUGACGUCACUGCCAUUGAGUUCCUGGGCACCAUUGGAGGCGUCGGCAUCGACGGCGAAGUCGCAAAGACUCUGCAGAAGAUCCUCGGCAAGGAAGGCUUGAAGUUCAAGCUGAACACCAAGGUCAUGGGCAUCAAGAAGGAGGGCGGCGUCGUCAAGGUGGAAGUCGAGGCUGCCAAGGGCGGGAACAAGGAAACGCUGGAGUGCGACGUCGUACUGCUAUCCAUUGGCCGCCGGCCCUACACCAAGGACCUCGGGCUCGACAAAGUGGGCAUCGCGCUCGACGACCGCGGCAGGGUACCGGUUAACAACAAAUUCCAGACUACCGUCCCUGGAAUCUACGCCAUCGGUGACAUUAUCCACGGACCCAUGUUGGCCCACAAAGCUGAAGACGAAGGCAUCGUGUGUGUCGAAGGCAUCAAGGGUAUGCCAGUCCACUUCAACUACGACGCCAUUCCAUCCGUCAUCUACACAUCCCCCGAAGUCGGCUGGGUCGGCAAAACUGAGGAAGAUCUGAAGAAAGAAGGCAGGGCGUACAAAGUGGGCAAAUUCCCGUUCAUGGCGAACUCCAGGGCGAAGACGAACGGCGAGCCCGAGGGCUUCGUCAAGGUGCUCUCCGACAAGGCCACCGACGUCAUCCUCGGCACACACAUCAUCGGCCCCGGCGGCGGCGAGCUCAUCAACGAGGCGGUGCUGGCGCAGGAGUACGGCGCCGCGGCCGAGGACGUGGCGCGCGUCUGCCACGCGCAUCCGACCUGUGCAGAGGCCCUCCGCGAAGCGAACCUGGCCGCGUACUGCGGCAAGCCCAUCAACUUCUAACUUUAGUAACGUUAUUGUGCAAGUGUGUAACCCACAGACCAGCAGGGUACUAUUAGUCGUAGGCUACUGUCGCGUCGCUCGUCUGCUCUAAGGAAUCUUGUAUGAAUCUGAUAUAAAUGACUUUGGAUGUAAAAUGUUAUAUCACGCAUAAUCAAUCGUCAUUCUAUCGUAGAAUUUAAACGAAGCACUCGCAAGGAAAAACUUUCACGUUUUCGUCUUGAAUGUGUACACAUUAAUUUAUCGCAAUCCGAUGUGCCGAUAUCAUCCAAACAUGUGAUAUUUCUUUUUAAUAUAUUUAUUUCGGAUUA